AUGCGAACUAAUACGUAUAGUGAAGCAAUAAAUGUAAUAUUUUAUAUAUACAGUUAUAUAGAGUAAAAGAAAAAAUUAGUAUCAUCUUAUCUAUUUUAGGUAUAUAUUAUGGCAACUGCUAUUCAAAAGAAUGGCAUGAAACCUUUAACAAACACGUCAAUAAACCACGUAGAGGAUGUAAAGAACUUAGAUAAUACCGAUAUAUGUAAAGAAGAAAAAGAUGAAAGAAUAUUUGAUGGGCAAGUUCAACCUUACAUGGAGUCCCAUGAACAAGAACCUCGUGAAUUGGAUAUUGUUAUCAAUAAUGUAGUUUGCAGUUUCAGCGUUAGAUGUCAUUUAAAUUUACGAGAAAUUGCACUAAAUGGAUCUAACGUGGAAUAUAGAAGAGAGAAUGGGAUGAUAACUAUGAAAUUAAGGAGACCGUAUACUACUGCUUCUAUAUGGUCUUCUGGUAAAGUAACAUGCACUGGUGCAACUAGCGAAGGCCAAGCAAAGGUCGCAGCUCGCCGUUUUGCGCGUUCGCUUCAGAAAUUGGGAUUUAAAGUGCGAUUUAAUAAUUAUAGAGUAGUCAAUGUAUUAGGUACAUGCUGUAUGCCAUUUGCAAUCAAGAUAACAUCAUUUUCAUCGUGUCAUAAAGAAAAUGCAGAUUACGAACCAGAAUUACAUCCUGGUGUCACAUAUAAACUAAAAGAACCAAAAGCUACGUUAAAAAUAUUUUCUACUGGAAGUGUCACUGUAACAGGUUUGUUUCAUCAAUGGACUCCCAAUGUUGCUGCUGUCCAAGCUGCGAUUGAAUAUAUUUAUCCACUAGUCUAUGAAUUUCGUAAGGAAAGAACAGCAGAGGAUGAACUUGCCUUAACGACAAAGAAGCGUAGAAUGGGGUUAAGUAAAAAAAGUCGUGAUGAUAAGUUCCUACAUGAUGAUCCAGAUUAUAUAUACGAUACCAUGUUCACUGACGAGGAAGAAGAAGAAGAGGAAGAAGAGGAAGAGGGUGAGAGUGAUGCCAGUUGGGACUGA